AUGCAGGAAGCGCUCAUAGCGCUCAUCCAGCUCACUGGCCAAGCUAGAUCCAGCUUGGAUAUGGCUUGUGUCACGACCUUGAGGAGCUCCUCGUACAGCACAGGCUGGGAGGAGUCCACAGGCUCACUAGCAUCCAUCAUCUCAUCCUCCUCGGAGGAAGAGACAUGUUAUACUGUGGUGCACGUUAUCGGUACAGGAUCUACAUGUAACAUCAUCUUUCUUUCCACAUCCUACACUGGAGUUUACUGGUGUGAGUCUGAAUCUGGAGAAAACAGUAAUCCUGUCAACAUCACAGUUCAUGAUGGUGAUGUGAUCCUGGAGAGUUCUGUCCAUCCUGUGACUGAGGGACAUCCUCUGACUCUACACUGUUUAUAUCGUAACACAAAUCCCUCAAACCUCCGAGCUGAUUUCUAUAAAGAUGGAUCGGUCGUCCAGAACCAGACUACAGGAGAGAUGAUCAUCCAUAAAGUCUCAAAGUCAGAUGAAGGUUUCUACCACUGUAAACACCCAAAGAGAGGAGAGUCACAGAGAAGCUGGAUCUCAGUCAGACGUCCAUCACAUGUAGAAGCUCCAUUCUCAGUGCUCAUGCUCAUCAGUAGAGUAGUGACGGCAUCUCCAUAUCUGCUGAUCACCAUCAUUCUGCUGGUCAAAUGUUACAGAGCUCGAGCUCACACUGAUGAAGACAGAAUUGAGAAUGCAGUCAUAGAGGAGUGAACAAAGUUCAUUUCCAAAAAGAGGAUGCAUUUACUGUCAAAUCAUCAUUUUAUUAUUGAUUUGUGUGAAUUUUAAAAUAAUACAGAUUUGUUAUUUAAAUGUCAUGCUGUUAUUUGCUCUGCAUUUUAUAAACAUCCUCAUUGUUCUGACUGGAUUUGUUUAGUUAAAGCCUGCAAACCUCCUCAUGACGUGAAAUUUACCAUGUGUGUUGUAAAGCCUACAUGCUGCGGAUGCAAAAAAAAAAUUAUAAAUUAAAUAAAUCUCUAAAAAUAUAUUGUUCAAGAGAAAAUGUUUAUGAAUUGUUUGAGGGUUGAGUUUCCUUCUGCAAAAUAUCAUCUGACAUGUG